CACGGGAGUGUGCCUGACAGUGUAGUACUGAAGGAAGAGGAGAGAGAAUCAGAGAACGAUUGUAAAAGAAUAUAUUCGUUAAAAUCCGGCUCCAUCCUCUUCUCGUUUUUGGGGAAUGCGAUCCAAAACGAUAAGAACAUAAUCUUCACACUUAGAGCUACAAUAUAAGGCCCAUAUUGUGGUAUUCUAAAAAUCAGAGUGUUAGAUAAGGGAUGGUGAAAGUUGGAUUGGAAGAAUAAUAUUACUAUCUUCAGCUGACCGGAGGGUGGGCGACGAAAACCGCAUUAAUUGUGGGAAUUGAAAUUUCACUGGUUUAGAGUGCGUAUAACGUUAGUACCCAGUGCCUAAAUAAAAUACUGUUUACAUUUUCUUUUUUGAAGCUAGCUUCUUAGCUAGCCAGGUAAAAUAAAUAUAAGCCAUGGAACUGAGAGUGGGAAACCGAUACAGACUGGGCAGAAAAAUUGGAAGUGGAUCUUUCGGCGACAUUUAUUUGGGUACGGACAUCUCUGUGGGGGAGGAAGUGGCCAUCAAGCUGGAAUGUGUGAAGACCAAACACCCCCAGCUCCACAUCGAGAGCAAGAUCUACAAGAUGAUGCAGGGAGGAGUGGGGAUCCCCAGCAUUAAGUGGUGUGGGGCGGAGGGGGACUAUAACGUGAUGGUGAUGGAGCUCCUGGGGCCCAGCCUGGAGGACCUCUUCAACUUCUGCUCCCGCAAGUUCAGCCUGAAGACCGUGCUGCUGCUCGCAGACCAGAUGAUCAGCCGGAUCGAGUACAUCCACUCCAAGAACUUCAUCCACCGCGACGUCAAACCCGACAACUUCCUGAUGGGCCUGGGGAAGAAGGGCAACCUGGUCUACAUCAUCGACUUCGGCCUGGCCAAGAAGUACCGCGACGCCCGCACCCACCAGCACAUCCCCUACCGCGAGAACAAGAACCUGACCGGCACCGCCCGCUACGCCUCCAUCAACACCCACCUGGGCAUAGAGCAGUCGCGGCGUGAUGACCUGGAGUCCCUGGGCUACGUGCUGAUGUACUUCAACCUGGGGUCGCUGCCCUGGCAGGGCCUGAAGGCCGCCACCAAGCGCCAGAAAUACGAGCGCAUCAGCGAGAAGAAGAUGUCCACCCCCAUCGAGGUGCUCUGCAAGGGCUACCCCUCUGAAUUCGCCACGUACCUCAACUUCUGCCGCUCCCUGCGGUUUGACGACAAGCCCGACUACUCGUACCUGCGGCAGCUGUUCAGGAACCUGUUCCACAGACAGGGGUUCUCCUACGACUACGUCUUCGACUGGAACAUGCUGAAGUUUGGCGCUAACAGAGCAGCGGAGGACGCGGAGCGGGAGAGGAGGGACAGAGAGGACCGGAUGAGGCACAGCAGGAACCCAGGGGCCCGGGCCCCGGCCGCACCGUCGGGACGUCCCAGAGCCGCACAGGACGUCACACCCCCUACACCCCUCACCCCCACCUCCCACACCGCCAACACCUCGCCGCGCGCGGUCUCGGGUGCGGAGAGGGAGCGGAAGGUCAGCAUGCGACUGCACCGCGGCGCCGCCGUGAACGUGUCCUCCUCCGACCUCACCGGCCGCCAGGACGCCUCCCGCCUGUCCUCGUCACAGAAUAGCAUUCCCUUCGAUCACCACGGCAACUAGCUGCUCGCCACGUUCUGGUCUGAACGCAGCAUCGGGUCCUGUCCCGCGUGACCCCCGGCGGUGUCCAGUCCGUCGCGCCUCGAUGAGGUCAUCACCGCUCGCCCCGGCGGUUGGACUGUGCCUGGCUGACCAUCGCCAGGACUAUUCCCGAAAUAAAAACCUCACUCCCACGACGACUGCCGAGAGCCAGAACCGCCAUCUGACCCCGAGUGUCCGCACUCAUUCCUCCUCUAAAAACAAAACGACCACAGCGGAGCAACAGCGCCCCCCUCUGGAGAGAGAUGUGUAUAACAACAUGCAAGGCGUGUUUCCCCUCCCUUCCAGCAGGGGGAGCCCUGUCCUGUCUAGGCAGGCAGACCCAGAGGAGCCUUUCCAGGCCCAACAAGGCCCAACCACUCCGUUCUGAUUUCUCCUCCUGUGGCCGGCCAAUCGCGCGCCAGUAAUCUGACUCUACACUGACGCCCUCAACAUUUCCCAGAAUCCCCUCUGUUUUUGUAUCAAACCUGCAAUCCAGCAGGUCUGCAGCUUCUUUUAUAGGUGGAUAGGUUGUCGGUACUUAGAUUGUUUUUUUUGACUGUGAAUCACACAGAAUAUAAAAUAAAAAUGAAAACUUUCACACUA